AUGCCAACGAGUACGCAAGCUCUUGCUGCGUUUAUGCCUCGCCGAUAUUCGCCUUUGGACGAAAACCAGCGUCAACAACAACAACAACAACAACAACAACAACAACCACAACAACGACAGAGACAACAACAACAACUACGACAGCAACUACGACGACGACAACCACGACGACGACAACUACCACUUCAACCACCAGUACAACGACGAGUACGAGUACGACAACUACCGCAACUACGACAACCACCACUUCAACCACCAGUACAACGACGAGUACGACUACGACAACAACGACAACGUCGACAACUACCACUUCAACUACCAGUACAACGACGAGUACGAGUACGACAACUACCGCGACUACGACAACCACCACUUCAACCACCAGUACAACGACGAGUACGACCACGACAACAACUAAAACAACUACAACUACGACUACAACAUCAACAUCAACCACCACUACAACUACUGUUGUUAAUGCAACAUAUACAUGUGGAGAAAAUACUGCCGUUACCAUUAGCUGUAGUGGGUCGUACACACUUCAUAUUGUUCAAACAUUGUAUGGAGCAUCGAGCUGUUACACGUGCUCAUGCUCAUACUGCACAUGCUCCGGCAUGA